AUGGAUGACUUAUCAUCAGGGUCCGCCGGUAAGCUGUAUAUCGACGACCUUACUGUGAACAAUUCAUCCGUUCUAGCAAAGUUCACUAACCUUCGAUCCCUUGACUUCAACGAUCCACCACACUGGUUCCAGCAGGAUCUGCGCGAAGCGUACAUGGAAAUGAUAGUUGCCAUACUGCAUUACGUCCCGCUUUCGAAUCUCGAAGAGCUUGAACUUCGAGUCGGUGAUGCAACGGACCUUGAGCCCUUUGCGCCUGGAAGUUGUCUGUAUGAAGAAAUUGCAGGUGUGAUACAGCGUCUUCGGCAUCUCAGGUUGACGAUCGAUACGAGGAAGAAGGAUGCAGAAUCCCGUGUAACGCUGCUUGGGGCAGUUGAGUUCUACCAUCGCAAUUCGUUCCAUGUAUGCAAGAUACUCGAAAGUGCAAGGGAUCUCAGAACUCUCCGAAUCAUGGUGAGAAGUACGAAGGUCUUGGAUAUCAACAAUGUCAAGUCUGCAAAACCUCUCCGCCUGCGCUCCCUUUCACUGGAGGGUGUUUCUGUUACAGUAAAGAAUCUGUGGAUGCUCGUGGAUAGAGUAAUCGGGUCCAUCGUGCAUAUUUAUCUUCAUAAUGUGCAAUUGAACGAUGGAACCUGGGACUGUGUGAUAUGGCCAAUGUGA